UCAAUAUUUACGGAAGUGUUGCCUCGUCCUGACCUGAAGUCAUUUCUCUGUCUCAGUCGUUUUGUGUUGUUUAAUGUAAUUGUUUUUAAAUAUAACUCGGUGUCACUCGUCACAGGGGCAGAUGUUGCUUCAACUCUGACUGAGCUUCACAGUAACGUGUGCUAACGUGUUAGCUAACAAACUGUAACAGGAACAGCUGACGUUAGCUAACGUUAACGUUAGCAUGUUACCGCAGAGCCAGCGAUAACUGCCCUUCAGUUACUCUGCUGCGGUUCGUGGUCUUGUCGUUGUCGGCCCGGGUGUGUGGAGGUCGUUUAGAGUCGUUUUGAUUCAUCCGGUAUUUAUUCUGCUCCCGUUUCUGUAACCGUUAACGGAAGCUAACCGUUAGCCUGUUAGCCAAACGUUAGCACGAUGGGAGCCGAACAGAGCGGAGACUCGGAGCACAAACACUCGGACUACAGCUCAUCAGUGGUGCCCUCCCCGGCAAAGCAGAAAGCAAAGAUGGAUGAUAUCGUGGUCGUGGCUCCGGGGACACAGUCAAUGAGAAAUAUCCACAACGACCCAGACGUCAUCAAACUCCAGGAGAUACCCACAUUUCAGCCGCUGUUAAAAGGAGUGUUGAGUGGCCAGACGUCACCCAGCAGUGUGUGUCUAGAGAGGCUGGACGCCGCCCAGGUUCUGCAGCUCUGCAUUCGCUACCAGGACCACCUCCACCAGUGUGCCGAGGCCGUGGCCUUCGACCAGAACGCACUGGUCAAGAGGAUCAAAGAGAUGGACUUGUCGGUGGAAACUUUGUUCAGCAUCAUGCAGGAGCGCCAGAAACGCUACGCCAAGUAUGCUGAGCAGAUCCAGAAGGUCAACGAGAUGUCCAUGAUCCUGAGACGCAUCCAGAUGGGUAUCGACCAGACGGUGCCGCUGAUGGAGCGCCUCAACAACAUGCUGCCUGAGAGCGAGCGCCUGGAGCCUUUCAGCAUGAGGCCCGACGGCGACUCUGUCACCAAGUAGCCUCCUGAAAGCCGACGCAGCUGCUCCUCACCUGAGUCUCCACCCAGACCUGCGGCCAGGAGGAAGUGCAGGUCUGUCCAGCUGUAGGGAUUACACAUUAAGGUUUUUGUUUCACAGUAGAGCUGAGGUGUAAAUGUGUCAGACUGAUCUGUGACAGCUCUCUACGUCAAGUCUUUCUAUUCUCUCUGCUGAGCACAUGUCAGCAACAUCAUGUUUGCUGUCACAUCUUAAACUCGAACAUGAAUUUAACCUUCUGCUCCUGGCUGCUUAGAGAAACUGCAGAGGGCCUCUGCAGGGAAUCAAACCAGCAACCCUCCAUUCACACGCUUUCCUCACUAAUCUAAAGGCAGGGGGGGAACAAACACUUCUGAGUCAGAGUGAACUCGAAAUGCUCAAAAACUUUUCCUGUAGAUGUGUUGCAGGUUUUAGAGACUCAGAUGGGACUGAGUGGCAAAAAAAAAAUCUCGAACUUCCUGUGGGCUGAUUCUGGAUAUUGAACUUCACUUUACAAGUAUUUGUCGCCUGUGAUCCUGAUGUUCAUCUCGCUCCGACGCCACGUGCCUCACCAACUGUGUGGAGAUCCCUUCAUGAACUUCCUGUGUGCAGAUUGACUGCUUUUAGUUUUCUGAACAAUAUGAUGCAUCAUUGUAGAAUAUUAUGAAGCAGAGACUCACAGAGAACCAAGACGGAUUACUGCUGUUGGAUACAUUGGGAGUAACAUUGGGAGUAAACUGGGAAACCUCGUCUUGGACAGAAGAUAUUUAAUAUUCUCAUAAACUGAUGAGAAAACUUUAAUUUAUUUGGAUACUCUUGUUAUUUUCAUGUGAAACCAUGAAGAACAUGACACAGAGGAGCAACCAUAGACCCUGACACUUUAGAUUCAGAUCAGUACAGAAGACGGACGCAGAGGAGGACAAAAUCAUUUUAGCAAGUUGCCACACCUGUUCAAGCUUCAGCAUUAUCUCUGUAUGUUUUUAAGCUUUGUCAUCACACGCCAAAGAUUCACACAUCCUCACAGCUGGUUAACAACAUGUAGCACUUUAACAACAAUCGGUCAUGUCUUUGGUCUCUGAGAAGAGUGAUCAUGUUAACGUCUCUGCUUCAUCUGUUGAAUAUCUGUUUCUGUGUCUCAUGUUGUGCUCGUCAGGUUUAAAGGGUCAGUUCACCCAAAUUAUUAGGAAAUAAUCUCUCUUACCUGUGAAGGUUUCAGUCUGUGCACAUGGUUUUAGUUUCAUUUCUUCAGGUUUUCUGCCACCACAGCUCAGUGAGAGGUGACUCAAGUUUAUUACACAGCAAUAAAGAAUUACAUGAAUCAACAGCAGCAUCUUUGGAGAAAAGGUUCGUCUGUUACUGAGGAUCAUCCACAAAACAAGUGGUCAACGGUUUUAAUAUAGACUAUUUGUCAAAGGUCCAGUGUGGAAGAUAAAGGAGCAGAAAUUAUAUAUUAUAUUAAUAACCAGUGACGGCUGAAACGCCGACAAAACAUCUGUAGCUAGCUCAGAACAUCAGAUUUCAGCAUUUCAGUAUUAUUUUAGAGCCUCAUGUCUCCCAGAGAGCAAAACGUUACAGCAAUCUGUCUCAGUCUUCUGUUGAUUAUCUUUGAGAAAUGAUCCCACUGAUGACCAGUAGUGCGAACUUUAAUAUUUACAACUAUUUGAUUGAAUCACCAGGUGGAUCAUGAGUUUACGUGACAAAGAUCAAAACCAGGCGUCACAGCUCCGUUAGCUCUUGUUUGUAAAAAUGUAGUUAUGGUUUCUUCACCAUGUUGUUGGUGCGUCCCACCACAAACCAGCUUUUAGGUAUUUUUGUGUUGUUUGCCAGCAGAUGUAAAUGUCAGGAAGGAAACAGUCAUUCAGUACAGAGUCAGUGGAGAGCGGGACUGAAAUACGUUCUGUCUCUGUUCCCACCAAUCAGCCAAAAAGCCACUGGAAUAUAAAGCAGAGUAGAAUCACCUCUUCUUCAGUAACUUACCCAUCUUCCUACCAGUACACCACCUCAUCCACCACCACUACACACUACUGUUUGGUGGCAGCAGAAAUCUCAACACCUGUUGAAAUAAAAUCAAACCUGUGGUACAAAAACAUGGGUGAAUACCUUAAACUGUAAGUGAGAAUUUUUAGUUUUUCUAAUUUGUGUGAACAGACACUUAACGCACCUGAUCCUGGGUCAGUCUGCAGUGUGGCAAUAAAACAUAAGACGCUUGAAAUAAGGA